AUGAACCACACAAGAGUAGUGGAAUUUGUCCUCCUGGAGCUGGCCAACAGCCGCCACGUGGAGGUCAUCCUCUUUCUGUUUCUUCUCAUUGCCUACCUCUUGAUCCUGCUUGGAAACAUUACUGUCAUCAGCAUCACUCUUGUGAGUAAUUUCCUUCAGACCCCGAUGUACUACCUCCUCAGGAACUUCACCCUUUUGGAAAUCACUUUCACCUCCACAUUCAUUCCCCACACCCUCUACAGCCUUCUGACAGAGAGGAAGACAAUUUCCCUGCCUGGUUGUUUCUUUCAGAUGCUGUUUUUCUAUUACUUGGGUACCUGCACCCUUUUCCACAUGGCAGUGAUGUCCUUGGACUGUUACGUUGCCAUUUGCUGCCCUUUGCAUUACACAACUAGUAUGAACAGCAGGUUUUCCCUGCAGCUGAUCCUGGUAUGCUGGGCAGUGAGUUUUCUAUUGAUGUUUCCUCCCACCAUUAUGACUGUCCAGUUGCCAUUCUGUGGUCUCAAUGUCAUGAACCACUUUUACUGUGAUACUUCCCUGUUGUUGCAGCUGUACUGCUCAGACACAGGGUUCAUUGAAGAACUGAUGUUCAUCACACUAAUUAUCAUCCUACCUGGUACCUUUAUAGUAACUGUUUUUUCUUAUGGCUGCAUUAUUGUACCAUCAUCUGCAGGUAGGAAGAAGGCAUUUUCCACUUGCUCAGCUCACCUCAUAGUGGUGAUGGUAUUUUACAGCACUUGUAUUUACAGGUACAUCCACCCAACGCAGCGAGGUGGGAAGGACUCUGACAAAGUUCUCUCUUUCUUCUUCUCUGUGCUGACUCAGAUGCUUAACCCAUAAAUCUACUCCCUCAGGAACAAGCAAGUCAAACAAGCUUUAAAGGAGAACAUGCUGAAGGCGUGUCGUGUAUUGUGGAAUAGCCCACCCAAGUAA